ACAUGUGCACUUGGCGCGUCAGUGGGAACUUGAAAGUGGUGCAGCUUCACUUUAAACUGCUCAUUUGACAAUGCAGACAUUUGUGUCUACACAACUAUAUAGAUGGAUACUUUAAACGGUUAAAACAAAUGCAAAGCGCAACAACUAACGUUUCUGGAUGCAUGUUCAAUGCAACGUUAACUUGACGUGCACCGCUAAAAGCACAACAAUUAAUUCAUCAAUCGACAAUUGAUUCAUCGACGACUGUUUUAAUAACCGGCUAAUUGUUUUGAGACCUUGUUUAACUUGAAAUGAUCUCAUCUCAUCUGCAAUUUCUGCUGUCCUCCUCAAAUUUGCAAACAUCUGCUUUUACUUUGGAAAACGACAAUCGGCAUUUUUGUUACGGACCGAACCAGAACCUGAAACUUCAUCAAUGUAUGUUUGUUUGUUUGCUUGAAAUAAUGGCCUCUUUUUGAAUCAAGGGAUUUUUUUUCUCAAUCCGAUGAAUUGGAAAACAAAUCCACAGAGGACUCGAUUAUUAAUAGAAGCAGUUAUCUUCACAUGGAUUGUGUGCAAAGAACAUUUGUGCGUUCACAUGACCUGACUUGAGGCGCUCCGUCAAGUCCCAGCGGCGACCGGAAAUAGAAGUUUGAUCCACUUCCUGUGACGUCAGAAGAGCAGCGUGACGUAAUCAUUUCGAGUGAUAUUCGGCGGCAAUCGCCUCUCAGCUUCUUGUGUGACGUCACGGCGCCGCCUUCAACCCGUUUUUAGCCUAACCCGAUGAUAAACGUCACCGUUACGGAAUGACUUCGCUGUUGACCUAACCAGUCGUCAAUCAGCACAAUUGACUGGGAAGUCGAUAUUUCACAUAUUGCACAAACGACAAAGUCAGUUUCUUCAAAAACGCAGUGCAACAUAGAUCAACCAUAAAUGUGACAGUUUAAAAAAUUAGAUACACAUUCAACCAACCACUGGUAACACAAAUGCAGAAAUUAAUAUAAUAAGGCCGUAAAUUCUCGCAAUAGUUCAACAUUGCGUGGCGCAAAGCAUUCUGGGAACCGCGCGGCUUGGCGUCACUUCUGCUCACCCGAGCAGGAGCUUUCAUUUUUCGCACUUCGCCGUCGUCCUUGCACAACUACAUUUUUGAUUUGAUGUUUUUGAAAUUCAUGUGUUUGUUAAACGGCCAACAAUCGGUUUCUAAAUUGCCCGUAGGUGCGAACGGUUGUUCGUUUCGAUGUGCCCUGCGAUUGGCUGGCGACCAGUUCAUGCCUCUCGCCCAAAGUCGGCUGGGCUCGGCACUCGAUCAAAGCAUUUUAUUUACCGACAUUCUUUUUCUGUCUGGGCUGAAAAAUGGAGAAUUUCCCCUCCAGAAUGUGGUGAUGCUAAGCUAACGCGCUAGGUGAGCCUUGGGUGUCAACAUGCCGACAGACAUGGCGGCGCCGCCGCUCUUCCUGUCCCAGGAGGACUUUGCGUACCGGCCCGGCCCCAAAGCCCGGAGCCCCGCCACCUGCCGCCGUGAAGCCAGGAAGACCAAGAAGCGGGUGACCUUCGCGGACCACCGAGGUCUGCCCCUCGCCAGGGUCAAGGUUUUCUCCCAGUUCAAGGACGCCAUCCGCAUUCCCGCCGGCAUCCGCCUCCAGCCGGCCGACCGGGGAGACGACGACGACGACGAAGAGCUGAUCCUGGACUUCGCCCAGCCGGCGUCCGACGGCGUGAUGUUCCGCCAGAGUCUGGACAGGACGUGCGUGUGCCUGGAGAACUGCGUGCUGAAGGAGCGGAUCCUGGCGGGAACCGUCAAGGUCAAGAACUUGUCCUUUGAGAAGCGCGUGCGGCUGCGUGUCACCUUCGACUCGUGGGAGAGCCACUCGGACGUGGACUGCGCCUACGUCGAGGACUCGUACCUGAGCGCGUACGGCGACACCUUCUCCUUCCGCCUCGCCUUGCCGCGGCCGCUCGAACCCCGGCGGCGCGUGGAGUUCGCCGUCUGCUACCAGGCGGCCGGCGCAGAGUACUGGGACAGCAACCGCGGACGCAAUUACCGCAUCCUCCGGGCCAAGGACGAUCGCGCCGGCCCGUUCCGCUCUGGCGUUCGCUCGGACGCCUUUGGCGGCCUAGCCUGCGGGCACGGGAUCCUCCCCGAGUGGGCCGGCUACGCCGACUACAAGAACGUCGGCCCUUACUACUGAAGGGGGCGCAACCCCACCGGCGGGUUGCGGGUUCGCCCAGGUUCUUUUUGCCGUGAAGAACAAAUGCUGAUGACACCAAAUGUUGCUUGUCAUCUGGUAUCAUCUGGUGUUUUAAAAGAAAAAAAAAAGUUUAAUAUUUUAAAUGCAUGAAAGAAUGAAAGCCUUAUUCAUAAUCUAAGACUUUAAGAUCUUUUAAGUGUUGUGACAGCCAGGAUUGUCCACUAUUUUUGUUGUUCUUCUGAUUUCUUUUAUUUUAUGAAAAUAAACAUUUUGAACUUGU